AGCUGAAGAACAAGAUGUAAAAUAUGCCGACAUCUGUUCCUGUGAAGCUUCCCAUAUUAUAAAGGAGUACGAGGAACCCUUCAACUCACUCGUUAAACUGAGAAGAAAAGUCCCUCUGAGUUUAACGCACGGAGACGAGGAAUUAAAUUUAUAAGCACUACUGAAGUUGCUGCGAGGUAGCAUGGUGCAGGUCAAUGGAGGAGAUGAGAUAACACCUGAUGAUCAAAUGUCAGACUACAUCGACCCAGGGUACGAUAGUGACUCUGAGAGAAAAGAUAAGGGUUGUAGUGUUACCAGCGAGAAGAUAGUGGAGCAGAAACUCUAUCCUGAUAACUGUCUCCGGUUUGACUGGCUUUCUUGUGCUAACCCGCGAGGUAUUAAACUGAACAAAUGUUACGGUGAAUUCUACGGUGGUCAGGUGACAGCCAUUCUGGGACCCUCUGGUUCGGGCAGAUCUACUCUUCUCAAAAUACUAGCUGGAAUCAGAGUAAAGAACAGCAAGGGGCGUAUAAAAGUGGGUAACGUGGAUAGAACAACAACCCAGUUCAAAUCAAUAUCCUCCUACAUUCCUCACCACUGUAUCAUCAGUAAUCUUACUGUCAAGGAGACCUUACAGUGUUCAGCGAUAGCCUGCUGUCCAUCUGAAUAUACAGACCACGAGAGGAACAAAGCUAUUCUUAAGAUACUGGACCUUCUACUCACCUCAGACAUUAUACAUAGGAAGGUUUAUGACUUGACGUUGGUAGAGCAGAAAAUAUUAUGUCUUGCAGCAGAAUAUCUGAGGAGUCCACGAUUUAUAUUCAUUCAGGACCCUCUCAGUGACCUGAGUAUCCAGCAUCAGAUGUUCUACAUGACACGGGUAAAGAUACUGGCUCAGGAGAAGAUAGCAGUUGUAAUGUGCCUAAAGUCUGGUGCGAGCACUGCCUCCCUUCAGUUCGUUGAUCAAUUGUACGUGUUAGCUGAAGGACAGGUUGUGUACAGUGGGUUACCUGGUGAACUUAACAAGUUUUUUAAAGACGCAUCAGACGAUCCUACCUUUCCUGAUAUUCAGAUAGGUUUUCCAGGCCCCGUUUGUAUCGCGUUAGAUAUUUUUCGACCAACAGUAUUGUCGCACUGUGCCAUGAACGACACACAGCAACAAGUUGAGACCAAUGAGACCAGAUGCAGGAGACCAAUCACAGGGCCUGAGAACCACGUUCCUUACGAGAUAGAGCCUGUGAGUUGUUUACGACACACGAUGCAAGGGUUCAGUAUGUGUAGCAGAUACAGCAUAGCCCUCGCUCGGCAAGUCCGGGCAGUCGCUUUUAGGUUAAUUUAUUACACGUUUUUGGGGGUUUUGAUGGGAGGGAUAUGUUUUGAAGUAGGACUGACUGGUUUUACAGCAAGGGAGAACGCUGGGUACAUCUUCUUCUCUAUCAUAUUCCUCUUCCUCGGGUCUAUGGUGGCUUCUGCUCGGAGAACUUCGCGUUACAUGUGUAUUUACCAGCGGGAGCGGUUUAACCGUUGGUACUCCUCCUUCUCUUUCUACCUCGCUAAAAUGCUUGCGGAGUUACCGGUUGAGAUCAUCAUGUCGGUUCCCUUCGCCAGUAUUACGUACUUCAUGGCUGGUAACCCGGCUAAUCUGGUAUACUUUGUACACAUAGCCCUGUGUGUGGUGACGGCUUGUAUGGGCCACGUAUUCGGAGUUGUUAUUAUGGCUGUUAGCCAGAAGUUUGAGAUUCAGCAGACUGUAGCGGGUGUUUAUAUAACAGUUAACACUAUUAUAAUGGGAUAUAUAUUCCGAGUUAAAUACAUGCCAACAAUGGUAAAGUGGGCCGCUAUACUUUCCCCCUUCCACAUGCUAUUUAAAAGUUUUGUAGUGAACAUAUACAACUCUUUGGACCCGCUGUCCUGCCCGGUCCCUCCUGUAAACUGCUCUAAAUACCCUCCUAGCUUACUUUAUAUGUACGGAUUUGAGGGCGAAGAAUUCAAAAAGAGUAAUUUCGCGUACCUAUUUGCUCACCUGGCGUUUUUACACGCUGCAGCGUUCGUAUCUAUAGCAGCCAGAGGACGGUGGUUCGACUCAGAGCUGCCCCGUCAACAUUUCAACAAAUCAGCUACUAUCUGUGUUACCCAACCCCCUCUAGCUUCAUCCUUACCAGAACCACCAGCACCCCUGGGAGCUAAAGAGGGUAUAUUAAAUUGCUUGCGGAGCUGCAUCACAUGUAAACCAUAUAAACCUUUAACAGUGGGGGAACCUGAAGGAGAGUUCUAUCUUUAGAGAGAAGAAGGAGAGUGACUGCAAACCCAGAUGCCUGGAGGCUGUGUCAGAUUUUAACGUCAGUCCAAUGAACAACACAGACAACAACAAUCUCCAAGUUUGAUGAUAUUAGUCACCAAGUGUGACAUUUUCAUACACCAAACACAGCCUCAAUACAAGAAUGUUCCAGAAGUUUACCUUGAACAGUCUCCUUUUACAGUUUACAGAUGAAUGAUAAGCGGACACACCCUGCCUGACUAAAAAUAAUAUCAGCCUUGUAAGUCAUCAGUCAUGAUCUCCAUGUGAUCCGAGUAACCCGACCGCUAAUAUCUGUGUGCGUCUUAUAACAUGUAUAAUCUUGUGAUAUCAAACCAAAAGACUUAAUUUGAUUUUUAUCAGAUUGAAAUUUCCAGAAUAUUAGAGCAACUCAGAUCAGCAGUCAAAGUAUGUUGAAUGUUCGUCUUUAAGACUUCUGAUAAGGUAUGUUAACAAAUGUGAUCCUCGCGUCUAGUGUGACAGUACAAAUCAGAUAUUAUCGCAUGAAUGAGCAAUAAACCUGUCAAGAUGAGAGAUUUUGUGAUUUUUUAUUUUUAUUUUCAAUUUGAUAAUGUUUUUUCUUGGGAUGUUAUAUGUUUAACAAAGGGCAGUUUCUACAUGGAAAGGGGAAGUUGUAUUUAUCUUCGAGUUUUCAUUUUAGAUUUAACCAGGUUUUUUAAUAAUUAGUAUGUACCUUGUUCUGGCCUCGAUUGCGAUACUUUCAGACUUCAAUUUACGGUUUCAUAAAUUUGAGCAAAAAUCGCCACUCAUUCAAUUAUCUCUCAACUUGUGCUCUUACGAGAGGGCUCUUGUUUCUUAAGUAUAGAGUAGCUAUGACUUAUGUUCGAGUGCGGAUACUUUUUGCUUUGUUUAUUAUCCGUUUACCAUACCUCCUAUAUUUUCCCUUAGAUAUUAAAUUUAGGUUUGACAGACGACUUUUAAUACUAAAUAGUUUUAUACUUUAUCGAAUGUGCACAGUCACAUCAGCAUUUCAGUUUAAUAGUUUCCACUACAUUUUCCUACUGGGAAAGUGCUGCGGUGUGAUAAGAUAUACUUUUAAACAAAAAUCAGAUUCUACACGGCGAUAUGAAGAGUGCAAGGCAUUAUAAUUAAACAGUUAAAAGAUUUUUAAUGGGUACUAUAUAGAUUACGUGUAUUAUGAUUUGAUCAGUUAUCAACAAAACUUUGAUUCCUGGUUUGUGAUGAAAUUAUACUGAUAAUAUUUUUUGUACAAAAUUCGA